AGGGCGGAGGACAAAGCGCUCUGGAAACUAACUGCUUCUGGUCCUCAUUCUGUUUUCUGUCCUCGCCCUCCUUCACCUGCUGGACUCUGAGCCGAGCCGACCCAAGCCAGACUAGACCAGCUGCCUCCAGUCAGUAUGGAUAUUGCCAUCCAGCACCCCUGGUUCAGACGCGCCCUGGGCUCCGUCUACCCUGCCCGGCUCUUUGACCAGUUCUUCGGAGAGGGCAUGUUUGACUACGACCUGUUCCCCUACACCACCUCCACCAUCAGCCCCUACUACAGACAGUCGCUGUUUCGCAACUUUUUGGAUUCUUCCAACUCCGGCAUCUCUGAGGUGAGGUCUGACAGGGAUAAGUUCACAGUCUACCUGGACGUCAAGCACUUCUCUCCUGAUGAGCUCAGUGUGAAGGUCACUGAUGACUACGUGGAGAUCCAGGGCAAGCAUGGAGAAAGACAGGACGACCACGGUUACAUCUCUCGUGAGUUCCACCGCCGCUACCGCCUCCCCUCCAGCGUGGACCAGUCGGCGAUCACCUGCACCCUGACAGCCGACGGCAUGCUGACCUUGAACGGGCCCAAGGUCACCGGGGGCAGCGAGUCCGGACGCAGCGAGCGCAGCAUUCCUGUCACCCGUGACGACAAGCCCAAUGCUGCAGCGUCCUCCUAGAGGCUAAACGACGGCAGGGCGACCAGGACGGACCCCCAACAGCCUGCAUGGACCAGGACGGACCACCAGAGUUCUUCUUCUCCUUCUCCUUAGAGGAGAUCUGUGUCCUCCUCGCUUCACUUCCUGUAGCUUCUUCUUAGCUUCAGUAUUCCUAGUAUCAGUGUCUAACAGAAUGGUGGCUGAGUGAGGGGACGAGGCAUUCACUGACCUGACUUCUGCUGGUUGUUGCUGACUUGUUUCUGACGGGACAGAGAGUUGGGUUGAGCUUGGAGGGAAACGUCUCCUGUCUUGUCCCAGAUGAUCCAUCAGUGAAGUUCUCCUGGCUGCUUCCAUUCUUCUUCUGUCUUCCAUAUAUCCUGUUCUGUAGUCUAGGCUUUGUCCAAUGGAUAUCUGCUCAUGACUGAGAAGUCCAUACUAAAGAAACAGAUAAUAAAGCUGUACAAUUAACAAAUGCAA